CGGCGGCGGCGGUGGCGGCAGCGGUGGCGGCGACGCGUUCCGUUCCGGGCCGGGAACGAGCGGCUGAAAAGUUGCGGGGUUAAGAGGAACCGCCGCGGGACAGGCAGCCGGUGCCUCCGUCCUCGCCAUGGACGACCUCGACGCCCUGCUGGCGGACUUGGAGUCUACCACCUCCCACAUCUCCAAGCGGCCUGUGUUCCUCUCCGAGGAACCCCCCUACUCCUACCCAACUGGAAACCACACCUACCAGGAGAUUGCAGUGCCGCCCCCCGUUCCACCACCCCCGUCCAGCCAGGCCCUCAAUGGCACCAUCCUCGCCCCCUUAGACCAGUGGCAGCCAAGUUGCUCCCGAUUCACCCACCAGCAGCCUCCAUCCCCAUCACCUGUAUACAGCUCCAGUGCCAAAACUUCCAGUGCCUCUGACCCACACGACGGUGUUGGCUCUCCGUGCUCCCGAGCUGGUGAGGAAGAGCACGUAUACAGCUUCCCCAACAAGCAGAAAUCGGCCGAGCCUUCACCUACGGUCAUGAGCUCCUCUCUGGGCAGCAACCUCUCAGAACUCGACCGCCUACUGUUGGAACUCAAUGCUGUGCAGCAUAAUUCUCCAAGUUUCCCUGCAGAUGAGGCCAACUCAAGCCCCCCACUACCUGGAGCCCUAAGCCCUCACUAUGGCAUCCCAGAGAAUAACAGUCCCGUGGGGAGCAAAGCUGGGCCUCUGACUAAGGAGAAGCCAAAGCGGAAUGGAGGCCGGGGCCUGGAAGAUGUACGGCCCAGUGUGGAGAGCCUCUUGGAUGAACUGGAGAGCUCUGUGCCCAGCCCUGUCCCCGCCAUCACUGUGAACCAGGGUGAGAUGAGCAGCCCACAGCGAGUCACAUCCAGCCAGCAACAGACGCGCAUCUCUGCCUCCUCUGCCACCAGGGAGCUGGACGAGCUGAUGGCCUCCUUGUCAGAUUUUAAGACUAGCUCCUCUGCUGUGGCCCUGAUCUCUCCAGAGCCGCUUCCCCACUCAGUUCCAUCCCCUCCCCACCCCCUUCCUUGUCCAUCUUCUCCCCUGCCUUCUGCAUUCCCGCUCUCUACCACUCAAGCCUUCCCUCAAGACCAAAGCUGUACUCCAGAGGUCCUCUGCACUGGAGAAAAUAGAUGGGGCCAUCUACUUCCCGUGGCCCCUAGCUGGCUUGAUUCGGCCAGUCUCAGGGUGAUGUCUGACACCCACAACUCAAAGCCUUCCUCUCUAGAGGGUUCUCCAGGGACACUUGUUGUCAAGAGCCAUUCUCAAGUUAGCAAGGACCUGAGGAACCCCACAAGUGAGCCCUCUGUGGCUUUCCUUUGCAACACCCUACCCCCUGCUGGGAGCAUGGGAACCCAGGAGCCUGGAGACCCACAGGGGCCACCAGCUAACUCUUUAUGUCUUGGGGAGGUUGUGGCUGUCACCUGCAAACAUCCAUGGGCUUUGGUGGCCUCCAGGCCUGAGGCUCAGGAAAUAACUGAGCCAGCAGUUGUGGCAGUGGACCGUCAGACAAUCUUCCCAGAUACCUGCAGUCUCACAAAGGAAUGUGGCUGGAAGGAGGGGGCAUGGCCAGGGGGGAUGGAAAGCAGUUGCCCUGCCCCAGGUGACAAGGAGCAGCAAUUAGAUGGAGAGUUGCCCCAGAGGGGAAGCCUGGGGGGACAGACCCAGGGACUCAAGACCCCAAGGAUCCCAGAGAGCACCACCGAAGCUGCUCCUGAGGCCAGAAAGGAACAGCCGGAGCUUCCACAUGCCAUGGCCACAGGCACACCCAGCGCCACGGAGAGGAUUUCCACCUCUGGCCAGAUCCGCUCUGUGAUCAGGAGGAGCCGGGAGACAGGCCAUGCACACCCCAUGUCCCGGGAGCCCUCCCCUCGCCGCCGGCUGGACCCCGCCACCCUGAGCAGGACCCCAUCUCAGGAGCGGCUCAUCGCAGAGCUGCAGGGCCGGCUGGGCAUCCAGCCGGAGGCAGAGGAGGCAGCAGGGCCAGGAGGGGCCUCCACCCAGGACUGGCUGACCGAGGGCGUCGUCAUCACUGUGCAGCCACGCGGGAGGCAGGCUGGGGGGCAGCUUGUAGAGAAGGUUGUCUUCCCUCCUGACUCUCCCAUUCCUCUGAGAAGAACCAUCUCUGUUGUGGCUUCUCCUCCUGUCCCUUUGCUCCAGCAUUACCCAGAUGCCUCAGGGGCCUCGGCCAGCAGCUCUUCUCCUCCCCCCCAGCUGCCCUCUCCCUCCCACCUGGGACCCUCAGCUUGUAUUCAUGGUUCUCCUGGGGGACAGAGUUCAGGGGAAGAGCCCUGUGAUGAGCAUGAGCAGAGCCCCAACCCUCCCGCUCCUGCACCCCAUACUGUGAAGUCCGUGGGUUGUCAGACGGAAGAGGACCCGCUCUUCCCUUUGAUGCAGAUGCACGGCCUGGAGCAAAGAGCGGAUGGAGAGCAGAACUGGGUGGCUGGCUGGCCUCCGAGCAGCAGGCAGAGCAGCCCUGAAGGGCAGGACGAGGGAGGGUUCAUGGCCCAGGGGAAGACCGGAAGUGGCUCACCCCCUGGGGGGCCCUUGAAGCCUGGAAGCCAGCUGGACAGCAUGCUGGGGAGCCUACAGUCUGACCUGAACAAGCUGGGGGUCGCCACAGUCGCCAAGGGAGUGUGCGGGGCCUGCAAGAAGCCCAUUGCUGGGCAGGUUGUGACAGCCAUGGGGAAGACGUGGCACCCCGAGCACUUUGUCUGCACCCACUGCCAGGAGGAGAUUGGGUCCCGGAACUUCUUCGAGCGGGAUGGACAGCCCUACUGUGAAAAGGACUAUCACAACCUCUUUUCCCCACGCUGCUACUACUGCAACGGGCCCAUCCUGGAUAAAGUGGUGACGGCCCUUGACCGGACAUGGCACCCUGAGCACUUCUUCUGUGCCCAGUGUGGGGCCUUCUUCGGUCCUGAAGGGUUCCAUGAGAAGGAUGGCAAGGCCUACUGCCGGAAGGAUUAUUUUGACAUGUUCGCACCCAAGUGCGGCGGCUGUGCUCGGGCCAUCCUGGAGAAUUACAUCUCUGCCCUGAACACCCUCUGGCAUCCUGAGUGCUUCGUGUGCCGGGAAUGCUUCACGCCUUUUGUCAACGGCAGCUUCUUUGAGCACGACGGGCAGCCAUACUGUGAGGUGCACUACCACGAGCGGCGUGGCUCGCUGUGCUCCGGCUGCCAGAAGCCCAUCACUGGCCGCUGCAUCACCGCCAUGGCCAAGAAGUUCCACCCUGAGCACUUCGUGUGUGCCUUCUGCCUCAAGCAGCUCAAUAAGGGCACCUUCAAGGAGCAGAAUGACAAGCCUUACUGCCAAAACUGCUUCCUCAAGCUCUUCUGCUAGGUGCCCCUCCUGACACCUACCUGCCCCCUCCCCUGCCAGUGUCCCCAACUGCUACUGUGACCCAGAGACCUUGCCCAGGUGCCAUGGGCAAACCGGAUGGAAACUGGAACCUUGUCCUCAACUGGUGCAGCAUGGGAAGAGGGUUGUGGGGGUCUUGCCUGCUUCUCACCCCCACCAGAGCCUCGGGAUCUCCUUCCUUCCGAGGCCUCCCCAGAGGUGGAAGGUGGGCCCACCCCCACAGCACGUGCCAUGUGUCCCCACAAACUGUCACCCCACACUGGAGCCAUCUCCCACUCACAGUUCAGCGUGGAGCCAGGGCGGGAGUCGGGGGGGGGGGGCUUUUAUCUUUAUUUCUUCUUGACCUAAUAUAUGAGAGUAUUGGGGGGACACUUGGCCCCCUCCAGACAAUGCCAGCAUACACCUAUCCUUCCAAAGGUGGGAGCUCUGCAGGGGCUGUGGAA